GAUAACCAGGUUCCGGUCUGUCUCUGUCAUAGCAUAUAAAAUCAUGGAGAACACGCUGCCUGUUAGACUCCAAGAGAGGUGCUCUGGAAGAGAUGACUGCAAGUAUGAUGAUGCUCAGGCUGUGUGGACUCCUUCUUAUAUUCUCAAGUCUAAUAGAUGCUAAAUUAGACAUCAUCAGUGGUGACCCAGAUAUUCAAGUGGGAAUAGAGACUCUACUUUUGUGCAAAGCUGAUUCAGAGGGAGAUUUUAGUUGGUUGAAAGAUGAUGAAGAAAUCGAUGAAGAUCGCUAUGUAGUCGAGAAAGUUGAUGAGUCCUCGAGUAAACUGAUCUUGAAGAAAGUUGAAUUGAAUGAUGUUGGAAACUAUACCUGCGUGCUUGACAAUGAUCUCGGCACGAGGAAGAUUACCUACCAGAUCUACGUCUACCAAACACCGGACUUUGGCGACACACCAGUGUACCAUGAAUUUCAGGUGAACCAGACAGUGGAGAUUCCCUGCGAGGUGUCUGGGCAGCCUGCGGUGGAGAUCCUCUGGUUUCGGAACGGUUCCAUCAUUAAUGAUGACGGACGAGGUAAUCUCAGAAUCCUGUCAGAUAAAUCUCUGCAGAUUUCAGGAAUUCAGCAGGAAGACAGCGGAAACUACACGUGUGUGGGCAGGAUCAAGGGACGCCCCACAGAAAGGAGGCUCCAGAUCUCUGUUGUUGUUAAUGAGCCACCAACCGUCCAGAUACACCAGGACACAAAAAGGGUUUUGGCCGGACCUGACACUGUGUCUAUAACCUGCGUGGUCAAAGGAGUACCCCGUCCAAAUAUUUCAUGGAUACUCCCAUCCACGUCUGACGAGUCCCGUCACAAAUACAACUCUGAUAAGAGUGAGCUCACCAUCUCUGCAGUGACCAGGAGGGAUUUUGGAGAGUAUGUCUGCAAGGCUACCAAUAAGAUCGGGGAAGACUCCGCCACAUUUACUCUGGAUGUCUCAGAACCCGACAGCCCCAUUCUGUCUCUGAGCGAGAAGAAGCUGGACAAGAACUCAUUCUCCAUCCCAAUUAAACAACUUAAAGAUGAAGGCUCUCCCAUCCUAAACUAUAUUGUACGCUACAAAGGGAACAAGGAAAAUGAGGAAUGGACUGAAAAAGAAAUUCCUGGGAACUCCAGCGAAAUCCAGCUGAAUAAUCUCCAGUACGAUGCUGACUAUCAAAUGGAAGUUUAUGCAGUAAACCAGAAUGGCUUAUCCAGCACUGCCAAAAUGAACUUCACCAUCCCACAACCUGUCACUCAGCCGGCGUUAGGGAAAGGAGGUGUGGUGGGAAUUGUAAUGUUCAUCUUCUUGGUGCUGAUGGUGUCAGUAGAUGCUUUCUGUUGUUACACCAAACACUGCGGCCUGCUUAAUUUCCUCGCUCACAAAAUAUUUGGAUACAAGAUUUCAGUGUCUAAAGGACUGGAUGAAGAGGCCAAUAAUUCCACUGGAGACGUGAAGCUGAGCGGGCUAACACUACCACGAGGCAGCAUCCCAAAGCUUCAGUCACCCAGUGGGGCAGUGAAUGGCGCUCAUUCAGAGGUCACGUGUGACAAAGCGCCUCUUACCAAAUUCGAGAAGAAACCAGAAUCUGGUGAUCCAGCAGCAGAGGCCUAGAGGAAGAUAUUAUACAGGACACAAUUUGAAUGCACUAAGUGAAGGAGCUUCACACAAUCUCGGGACAUCUGAUUAUGAGCUCGAGGGUGAAGUGUGUAAUUAUUAUUAUUUUUUUAAUACUAUAUGUAAGCUAUUUUUAAAACAAAAUGCUUAGACUCUACAGCUCUGUGGCGUUAUGAAACAUGGCUCAACCAAUAGCAUGAGUUGUGGGGCGGGUCCAUCUGUUGUCUGACCAAUGACAGAUGAGGGAGUGUUUGAGAAACCUAUUUGUAAGAUAUAAAACUUCAAAAAUGACAUACUUUUUAUUUAAAUGAUGCUAUCAGGAACAACCAUCAUACAAUAAU